AAAUGAGACCAGCGGCACCACCGUGCCAACUUUCCCAACCCAAACUCAGACGCGUCCCCCAGUCCCCACCUCCGUCGCCGAUGACACCGCGCGCCCCGCAGCUUCGGCACCACCCGCCGCACCUCCUCCUCGCCGAGGCCGUUGCCUCCUGGCACCCCUUCCACAAGAAGCCCUGUCGCUCGGACCGCUCCACCGCUCCCCCUUCCUCGGCCCGCCUCCCUGAUGCGGAGACUCCGACGCCUGCCCCCUCGGGGGGCGCUAGCGGCGGAUCCUUCCGGUGGUUCGGGCUCCGCAAGCGGCGCCGCCGCGGUGCGGGCUCGCGGUCCGUGUCCGGCCGCAGCAGCGACCGCCGGAGAUCUGGCACGUGCUCCGACUUCCAUUUCACGUGCGGCGGCGGUGGUGGUGGUGGCGGUGGCGGCGGCGGCGCCACUGACUCCAGUGGGGAGAUGUGGGCGUCAGAUGUCGGGGAGGUGCGGAUGAGGGACGUGUCGAUGGCGACGGAGUUCGGCCCGGCGCCCGUUAGCGGGGUUGGUGUCGGAGGUGGUGGGGUCGGCGCUGCAGCGGAGGCAGCGGCCACCGAUUCUGGGUACGGGAGCGAACCUGGGUACCGUGGCGACGUGGAGCUGGGAUACGGAGAUGAAAUGGACGAAGAAGAUGAGGAUGGGAGGCAGCAGCUGUUCUGGGACGGGGUGAUUGGAGAUAUGACUAAAAUGAAGAUCGACGGCGACAAUAACUUUGGGGAGCAGAAGAGCCAUCACCGCUGCAGGCGCAAGAAGCAUGAUGCUAGGGUUUUGGAUUCCUUGAGUUGAAGAUUUUUGUUGUGCUAGAAGUGGUGAAGCGUCUAAGCAUGUGUUGUAUUGUAGUGUUCCUUCACUAGCAGCAGCUGUUAUCCGCGUCUUUGUUGUAGCAUUCACUGAUAGAGUAGGCAACUAGUUACCAGUGUUUCUGACUUUUUGUAUGGGCACUGAUGUUUCCUGAUAGUAUAGUUCCCUAGUUUCUGGGCUAGUUUUUUUUUCCAUGAGUUUAUCUGUGAAGGCUUCAAGAGUAGCGAAUGCGCUAAGAACAAAUGUGUCGCCUUUUUAGUUGUUUUUUACACUUGUUAGCACUAUAUAAUGGUUGUUUGAGUUGGAUGCGUGAUUGAUACA